UGGGACGUACGUAGAUCAUCGUGCCCAAGAAAUUGAAGAGGCCAUUCAAUCGAAGAUUACCGAUCGAAUGACGAUGGACGAGAGCAGCGGUUCAACGCAAUUGACUCCGCAGGAAAUCAACAGCUUGUAUCUCGAGGUCGUUCCUCCCGAUGCGAAAGGUCGGAUUUACGGGAUUGGUGCGUUGGCGAGUCAGCUCGGGGGUGGUGACGCAUCUUCGUCGUCUGUGGUACGUCAUGUAUCUCUGACGCGUGAAGUCGAGGAGCUGAAGAGAAAACACGAGGAGACUUCUGCGGAACUUGUAGCUGCUCGGGAGAAGAUUGCUCAGUUUGAUGCUCAUCAGAUAUUUGAUGACCAUAAGUAUUAUAUACUUCAUCAUCAUAAACCCUGA